AAUUGAUCCACAAUUUCCGGUGAUCUUUAGUUUGUUCUUAAAGGCUGAUUUUCUUUUUCAUUAUUGACACAUUCACUAACAUGUGUUGAAGAUUUCAGGCGGUAGAAACUUGUAGGAGGAUGGCAUGUGAUUAUUUUAACAAGAUUCAAGAAAUCACAAUUAUAUCAACUAUGAUUUCCUUGAUUAAACAUAUAAGCGUUCUACAAGCUUUUCGAUCACAAAGAGAUAUUCAAGUACCAAAGAGUAGAGCCAACAACAUUACGUGGAUCAGAGUGCAAUGUCCUCCUCAGCGUAAUGGUAUAGAUUGCGGUUAUUUCAUCUUGAGGUUUAUGAAAGAAACUCUUCUUUUGGAUCGAAUAGAGAUUCCAUCCACGUACUUUGAAGAAUUCAAGUGUGCUCAUUACUCAAAAGAUCAAUUGGAUGAACUUAUGGAAGAAUGGUGUCAAUUCAUUAUGGAGUUGAGAAUUUUAUAAGGUUAUAGGUGCAGCUGUAGAAGAUAGAGCUAACAAGUUCAUUGUUGUUGUUUUUUAGAAAUUCU